CAUCCAAUCCCACUACUUUAAUAACAACUACAAUUGCACCAACAACAAUGACACUUACCACAGGUGGAACUACAGGAAUUGAAGAAACCACAACAGAGACAAUUUCAUCUACAUCCACAAAGCCACCUAAAGAAGUCACCUCCGGCCCAACAACCACUUCCACCACUGUAAUUGUUGAAACUUCAACAUCACAGCCCACAACAACAGCUGAAGAAACAUCAGGGCCAGUUGUCAUAACAUCCAAUCCCACUACUUUAACAUCAACUACAGCGGUAACUACACCUACAACAGGUGGAACUACAACAGCUGAAGAAACCACAUCAGAGACUUUUCUAUCUACUUCCACAAAGCCACCUAAAGAAGUCACCACAGGCCCAAUUACAUAUUCUACAGCUGCUAUAAUUAAAACUUCAACAUCACAUCCUUCAACAACAAGUACAGAAAGAACAGAGCCAGUUGUCAUCACAGGCCCAUUAGAAACAACAAGAACUCCUUCAACAUCGCCACAAGUGAUUAUUACACCAACAUCACAAGCAGUCACCACCAGCCAGUGUAUUUGCAAUGUUAAUGGGACACAAUAUCUACCAGGGAACCUAGUGUAUAAUGUGACUGAUGGUUCAGGCUGGUGCUUCACCGCUUACUGCAAAGCAACGUGUCAAGUUGAAGUGGAAUCAAAUCCAUGUCCUUCCUCUACACCACCCACUGUAUCAACCACAACGUCAGAAGAGACCACGACCACACCACCAACAUCUCAAUCCUCCCCAGACUGCACUAGCGUUCAGCCACCAAGAAAGAAUGGAGAAUCUUGGCAGCUGAAUAGCUGUACCACAGCAAUUUGCCAAUACAGCAUUGUUGUCCAUCUACCAGUAAAAUGCAAGCCAGUGGAGCCACUACAGUGUGUGAAUGGCCGUCCACCUGUCAAGGUCUAUGAUUCAACUGGAUGCUGCUUUACAUAUGAAUGUGAAUGCACCGAACGCAGCAAUGUCUGUGGAGAUGAAAGUACAACCACCACAGGCAUCUGUCACAGUGGCUGUGCGACCGCAGAGCGUGUGGAGAUCAAUUCCUGCCUCAAGGAAACUGUGGAACCUACUUCAAUCAUCAACCUUCCUUACUCCCUCUUCCAAAGCAGCACAGAGGGCCAGUGUGGUACCUGUGAUAAUUCCCAGAAGAAUGACUGCCAGUCACCUAAUGGUCAGAUUGAGAGCUGCUCAGUCACAGCUAGCCAGUGGCUAAUUCCAAACCAGGACUGUCCAACUCCUCCAACAGCACCACCCACAAGCACAUCCCCUACCCCCUGCAAGACAGCUAUUUGUGAAAUCAUGAAGAGCAAGGUCUUUGAGGAAUGCCAUAAAGCGGUUUCUCCUGAUGCCUUCGUUCAGGCCUGUAGAUCAGAUGUCUGCUACAAUGCUAAUUCUAGCUGCUCUAGUCUGGAGGCGUAUGCAUCUGAAUGUGCAAAGAAAGGGAUCUGCAUUGAAUGGAGGAAGUCCACCGAUGGAGAAUGUGAGCAUACAUGCCCAGCCACUAAGGUGUACAUGCCAUGUGGUCCAGCAGUUGAACCAACAUGUAAUACCAGAUAUAAUGAGAAGUAUUUGAACAACCAAACCCAAAUGACCAAUAAGACGAAGGAGGGUUGCUUCUGUCCAUCUAAAACCGUCUUGUUCAGCACCUACUCUGAUACUUGUGUGGUCUCCUGUGGCUGCACCGGACCUGAUGGCAACCCCCAAAUGCCUGGUGAUACAUGGGAAAGUGGUUGCCAGCAGUGCACCUGUGACAUGGACUCCAUGAUUGUCCAGUGCCAGCCUAUCACUUGCCCCACACCAGCCAUACCCAUCUGCAAUGAGACUGGUUACAGAYUGGUGAACAAGACAGAAGGCUGCUGCCAGAAAUAUACAUGUGAGUGCGAUGCACUGCUUUGCCCCAAAGUCAUGAUGGACUGCCAGCCAGGGUGGGAGGCAAUUAUAAGCACAUCCAACUCAAGCUGCUGUCCAGAGUAUACCUGUGUUCCUAAGGGUGUAUGUGUCUACAAUAACAUUGAGUACCAGCCUGGUGCUGAAGUUCCUAAAGGAACAUGUGAGAAUUGUAUCUGCAGCUCGACCAUGGAUCCUAGCACCAAGCUCAACAACAUUGUGUGCACAAAUAACUCCUGCGACACUACAUGUUCACAGGGCUUCCAGUAUCAGGCCAUUCCUGGUCAGUGUUGUGGGAAAUGUGUACAGACAAGCUGUGUGGUUAAUAUGCCAGAUAAGACCAAACACACUAUUCAGGUGAAUGAAACAUGGUCACCACCUGGUGACAAAUGUGUGAUGUACACGUGUGACAAAACUGAUGACCAAUAUAUACCAGUGGAGGUGAAGACUGUGUGCCCUGCAUUCAGCCCAGAGAUCUGUGUUCCAGGCACAGAAAAGACAGAUGCAAAUGGAUGUUGCAAGACCUGCACAGAACGCAGCAAUGUCUGUGAGAUGAAGUACACCACCACUAGCAUUGUCAUCAGUGGCUGUGCGACCGCAGAGCCUGUGGAGAUCAAUUCCUGCUCAGGAAACUGUGGAACCUCUUCCAUGUACUCAGCAGAGGCGAACACCAUGAUGCACUACUGCUCCUGCUGCCAAGAGGCGACCACUAGCCAGAAAGAGGUGGAGCUGAUGUGCCCUGAUGGGUCAAAGGUCAAGCACUCCUACAUCCACGUUGAGUCGUGCGGAUGUCAUGUCACAGACUGUGAUGCAGGCACGACCGCCGCCCCGGGGACGACGAGAAAGCGCAGGAGGCGCUAAACGUCUAGGAAGACAACAUGCACACUGAUAUAGGAAUUAUCCUCAUGACAUCGAAUGUUUUAGUCCAAAUUUGUUUUCUUGUUACUUUUUAAUUCAAUCUGUCAUGUCAGUGUAUUUCUACAAUCGGCAACACUUACUAUUAUGUUCUUAUACCUUCAUUGUAGAAUGAAUGUAUUUUCUAUGAUAAAUGUAGUGGAUAAUCUCUUUUCUCAUUUGUAGUGAUUAAUAAAUAACAGCAACAUCAUGUGCUUCUGCAUGUUCCUUU